GGGUGGGGCAGUGGUGGGUUGGCAGGGGGUGGGGGGGGUGGGAGGGGGGAGGGAGGUGAAGAGGGGGGGAGGAGCGGAAGGGAGGUAGUUGGGUGGGGUGGGGGGGGGGUGAGGGGUGGGGAACUGUAGGGAUGGACUGAAGCAUGGCAGAGAGGGGCGGAGGACAUGAGUGGAGGCCAGUGGAGGGAUUGGGAGAGGGGGUGGAGGGUGCAGUGGGAGGGAUUGGGUUUCAGAGGGGGUGGCGGAGAUGGAGCGGUUGGAAACGGAUGGACUGGGAAGCGGGGAUGAGCCAGCGACGAGGCAGGCCAGUGAGGGAGGAGUUGCAGUAGUCGAGUCGUGAUAUGAUGAGGGAGGGGAUGAUCUG